AGAUCUCUCAUCUCCUGCCACAAAGGAACUUGUGGCUGAGACUGCCCCGCCCUCCGCUGAUGUGGCAUCCCCUCGCCUCUAAUUAUACCCACCAAAAUCAGAAAGAAUCAUCUCCUCUACUCCAAGCAAACCAAACCAAAGCAAAGCCAAGCCAAGCAAAGCAGCUACUACUCAAACACUCACUCUUCUUUCGAGAGAUAGCCAGCCAGCCAUCCGUCCGUCCGUCCGUCCGUCCGUCAAGGUCCGGAGAGAGAAAGAGCGGAACCCAACAAAAUUUGAUCCAAAACAGACAAAGGAAAAGAAAAGAAAUAGGAAGCCGAGAAGUGGACAGAAAUGUCGGAACUCAAGGACCCGGCGAUCAGGCUGUUCGGAAAGACCAUUCCAUUGCUUCCUGCCGACCAAAUCGCCUCCGCCGUUGCGGUUGGUCACCCUCCUGAUUUCAACCAGCUUGUCUCUCCGGCAGACAAGAAUUGCAGCAGAGUUGGAGACGCAGAUGAAGAAGACAGCAAGAUACCUUCGGAAAGUGAAAUCGCCGAGAAGGCGGAAAAGGAGGAUAGUAGCUCCAACCCCAGUGCAGAAGAGCUAAAAGAUCCAGCAAUAUCAUUUGAUGAGGACCCGGACCCGGGAACGCCCUCCGUCGACAAGGAAGGCGAUUCACCCGAAGUUCCCAAGAGCAAUGAGCAGAGUGAAAGUAGCGUUUCGCAAGAGAGGAUUCACAAGAAGCCGGACAAAAUACUUCCAUGCCCUCGUUGCAGUAGCAUGGACACCAAGUUCUGCUACUACAACAACUACAACGUUAACCAGCCCCGACAUUUCUGCAAAAACUGUCAGCGAUACUGGACAGAUGGAGGGACGAUGAGGAACGUCCCGGUUGGCUCUGGUCGGCGCAAGAACAAGAGCUCCUCUGCCUCGUAUUAUCGACACAUGAUGGUCUCAGAAGCCCUCCAAGCUGCCAGAGAAGGGGCUGCCAAUGGGAUUCACCACCCUGCUGCUGCCUUAACAUCCAAUGACACUGUCUUUGCUUUCGGCUCAGACACGCCUCUCGGCGAAUCCCCGGCUUCUGCAUUAAGCAAUGCAGAGAAGUCACAGAAUUGUGGCCAGAACAGAAUUCACAGACCGGAACAGAAAACUUGUGUUUCCAGCAGAGGGAGAGAAGAUGGGGUUGGUUACUCAAGUAGGUCUUCGAUCACAGUUUCAGAUUCAGUAGACAAGGGAAGCGACUCGGUUUUGCAAGAAUCAGCCAUAUCAAAUAUCCAGCCCUUUGCAUGGCCUUGUCCAUGGAAUUCGUCUCAAUGGAACCCUGCGAUGCCUCGGCCUAAUUUUGGCCCUUUGGGCUAUCCUAUAACAAUUUACUCAGCGCCACCUUAUUGGGGUCCUUCCCUACCCGGAUCCUGGAACAUGACCUGGCUUUCCCCUCCCAUUUCGUCGCCUAAUUCUCCAGCCUUGGGGAAACAUCCAAGGGAAGAUGACAUGCUCAAGCCAUCAAACUCAGGCAAAGAAGAGGCCUCAAAAGAGAACUCCCGGGGGAGCUGUGUUUGGAUUCCAAAGACCCUGAGGAUCGACGAUCCAAGCGAAGCUGCAAAGAGCUCUAUAUGGUCAACUCUCGGGUUUAAGAGCGAAAAGGCGGAUGCGAUGAAUGGCAGAGGCCUGUUUAAGACCUUCCAAUCGAAGGGUGACGAGCGAAGACACAUGACCGAGACAUCUCUGGUGAUGCAAACCAACCCCGCAGCCUUGUCCCGAUCACUCAACUUCCAUGAGAGCGUGCAGUGACUGUUGACUUGAGACUACUGAAAUCUCAUUCUUAUUGCAGAUCCAAUCCGAAAGCCGAAAAAAUUUCUUCAUCGGCAGUUUUGCUAGGCAGAACAGCAACGCGUGUUGAACUUGAUUAUUGACCCCCAUAAUUGCGGCAGGAUCUUUAAUUAACACCCCCCCACCCCGCCAAUGCUCUCUCUCUCUCCAUAUAUAUAUAUGUCCUUUCUUUUUGCUGUGACAGUAAGAAGAUUAAGUGCAAGUGUUGUUGUACAUAGCUAUAUACAAGCAUAGCAAGGAGGAAAAACUCUUGAGAUUCUUGAACUGGUACCCUUUGGAAUAAGCAUGCAUGUUAAUCCAAAUCAAUCAACAAUUUCUUGUCAACUUAAU